AUGGCCAUCAACAAGCCACUGAGAUUGGCCUGGAACAGAUCUUUCCCUCACAGUCCUUCGAAGGAACCAACCCUGCAGACUGACACCUUGAUUCUCGGACUUCUUGAGCCUCCAGACCUGUAUCAGUGGCUUCCUAUUGAUCCUCAGUUAAGUGUGGUAUUUAAGGGCCUUUAUUGGCAGGUUAAGAAAACAACGGAAGCCACCUUGCAGACGAUACAAGAUAUGGUCACCAUCGAGGACUAUGAUGUUUCUGAAUGCUUCCAACACAGUCGUUCCACAGAGUCUGUGAAGUCUACCGUCUCCGAGACCUACCUGAGUAAGCCCAGCAUCGCCAAGAGAAGAGCUAACCAGCAGGAAACCGAGCAGUUCUACUUCAUGAAACUCAGAGAAUAUUUGGAAGGCAGUAAUCUCAUCACAAAACUUCAAGCCAAACAUGACUUGCUUCAGAGAACUCUCGGAGAAG